GAUUGAGGAAGAUCGACAUGUGACAUACCGCGAAAUUCAACUUUAGACAUUGGCAUGGGUCAAAUACAAAUAAUCUUGCAUGACCAAUUAGGUGUAAAAAAGUUGUUUUCCCGAUGGAUACCGCAUUCGCUCUGUGAAGAGCAAAAAGGGGCUCGCGUUACUUGGUGCGUCAGAACUCUCGAAAGAUUCCACGCAGGAUCCUCAAAUGCUGUAUACAACAUCUUAUCAGGUGACGAAUCCUGGAUAUACGCGUACGAACCCGAAACAAAAAACCAGUCACGAGUUUAGGUGUUCGAAAAUGAGUUAAAGCCAACAAAAAUUAUUCGUUCACGGAGUGUUGCAAAAAAAUGGUGGCCACGUUUGUCUCCAAAACAGGCCAUGUUACGACUAUUCCUCUUGAGGGACAAAGAACGGUUAAUGCAGAAUGGUAUGCUAGCAUUUGUUUGCCACAGGUCGUUUCUAAACUCCGUAAAGAGAACUGCAACCGCCGCAUCAUCCUCCAUCACGACAAUGCGAGUUCUCACACCGCACACAGAACAAAAGAGUUUUUAGAGCAAGAAAACAUAGAAUUAUUAGACCAUCCGCCGUACAGCCCCGCCCUAAGCCCUAAUGAUUUCUAUACUUUCCCUAAAAUAAAGAAUAAAUUGCGUGGACAGAGAUUUUCAUCACCUGAAGAAGCUGUGGAUGCCUACAAAACGGCCAUUUUGGAGACCCCAACUUCCGAAUGGAAUAGUUGCUUCAAUGAUUGGUUCCAUCGUAUGGAGAAAUGUGUCAAAUUUCGCGGAGAAUACUUCAAAAAGCAAUAAAUACAUUUUUAAAUAGUAAUGUUGUGUCACUUCCUUGAUUCCCGAAAUUUUCAGUGCCGACCUCAUAUUAUAACAUUAAUAGGAAGAAUGACUAAAUAUUAUCUGCUGCAUUACACAUAUUACUUCGUAGUAAGUAGCUUUCCUCUAUGUCUUGCAGUGGGCGAUAAGGAACUGAAGAUGAAGUGGUUUUGCACCUUUGAAGUAUUUAGUUUAGUUUAAAUAGAGCCCCAAUCUCAUUUUUGUGACCUAGGAUGCAUAGCUACUCCACUGAUAUUAUGUAUUACAGUUUAAAAUUCUUUGAGCUUAUUCAAAACGGUGAAUAAACACCGUCAAGAGGAAACAUUUGCGUAAGAGAAAUAAGUAGGCCUCUGGAAAAGGCGGCGGAUACUAAAUACAUACUAAGUACUUACUCGCACUGUUACCGUGCGUUCGAAUCUAUUCGCAUCAAUUUAUCUUCUGUCUAACAGAGAGAAUCUAGAUAUUGUAAUGCAUUAUAAUUUUAAGUCUCUUGUUUCUCAUGUUCAUCUAACUUCUUUCUGAGACUUAUAUUUUAUCGGUCUGUCUUUCCUUUAAUAUCUGUCCAUUUUAGUGGCAUUAUAGUUCAUAAUAUGCUGUAUUCAUAUCUGUAUAAAUUAAUAACAAUAUUUUAAGAUGGAUAUAAUAGUAACUCAUAUUUAGAAAGCUUGAUUCAAUUCUAAUACAUCUGGAUCGUGUAACCUUGGGAAUAGUUUGUAACUUUUAAAUAUGUCACUGCAUAAUAUCAUGAUCAUGAUUUAAAAAUUAGAUAUUUGGUAGCGUUAACACUUGAUUAAAAACAAAUAACUAAGUUUCUGGAUGAAAUCCAAUAGCGUCAAUGGAGAUACAAGUCGCACUCACGCUUUCAUUUUCUUCCACCCACUACGCAAAUCGUUGCUAAAAUAAUAAUGCGUGGUUUUGUUUACAAGACGUGCCUCAGUUUGAAAUUCGAUUAUUCAACAUCGAUCAAUAAUUGAACUUUGCUAUUUUUAUUUAUUAACACGCAAAACAGAAUAACAAAAUUAUUAAAAGAAACGAGAAAUAUUCAACUUUACAUUCCAAAUCACGCGUAACUAUAUUUCAUCAUCAUCAUCCGCUCUUUCGCGUAAUUGUUAUAGACUUUUCCACCUUUACUGUGUGGCCCUUACAUACAUCAAAUCAAGGCGCGUGCAAAAAGCAUUUUAAUAAAAACAGUUUGUUAUAAAUUAGAAUAUUAUGUAAAAGAAAAGAAUAUUUCUUAGAUUUUGUUUACUUAUAUGUAUAUAUUAUUAAAAGAUUGAAACUGUUAGAAUGAAAACAGUCAAACUUUUUGAAGCAAUUUCAUAGAAAUAAAACAUAUACAUAAAACAUAUAUCAUAAAAACUUUAUAAAGGUCAAUUUUAAAUAAAAACAUUUUGACUUUGACAAACAAUGCGCCUGUUUACAUACAUUUGUUGGGAGGGUUGCCCAAACACACCAGGCUGAAAACACGGGUUAGUGAGCUCGAAGUCGAUAUCCAUUCUUGCCACAUGAUUUAUCUGAUUAGGUAGCCAUAAUUCCAAUCUGGCAUACUUCAUAGUCGACUCUCACGACACCUACUAAUGGGGUGAUGCAUUGCGUUACGCCGCGGCAUGCCAGGAAGACCAUAAGGACUGCGCAUAAGCGUGUGACGAUAAAGGCAAACUCUCCCUACUUACGAGGCGAUGACGAUUUCAUCAAACUAAUGUACGUUAAACCUUUCAUUUACAGGGUGUAAGAGGUUUCUAUAAAGGCAUAACAGCUUCGUACAUGGGUAUUAGCGAAACAGUGGUCCACUUCGUGUUAUAUGAAGGUGUGAAAGCGAGACUGAUCGCAGCCAGAAGUCUAGAUGGAGUGCCAAGUGAUCAGCGCUCACCUAGGGACUUCCUUGAAUUCAUGGGCGCCGGCGCCUUCUCGAAGACGGUGGCUUCUUGCAUUGCUUAUCCACACGAAGUAGCAAGGACGCGACUGAGAGAGGAGGGAGAUAAAUACCGCAAAUUCUGGCAGACCCUGCACACAGUUUGGAUGGAGGAAGGAUAUCGCGGAGUUUAUAGGGGCCUUGGUACACAACUGGUUCGUCAAAUACCGAACACAGCAAUCAUGAUGUCAACGUACGAGGCUGUUGUGUAUCUACUGACAACACACUUUAAUAGUUCCUUCUAUGAGAACACUUAGUAACUAAGAUUGUAGAACGCUGAUCCCAAGGCAUGGUAAACUUGCGGUUUACAAAUGGCAUACAAUGUAGAAAGUCUAGAAUUUGAGAUGAUAAUGCCAUUCUUUCAUAAUCGUCGUGAACUACGUAGAAUAUCAGACUAAUGUAUUUGUAUCCUCGACACCUCCUUCACAACUGUUCCUACACAAUACAUUUUUCGAAGGUACAAAGUAGAGCUUGAAAGUAUUAUUCGAAUGAAGUUAAUCGCAACUUUUUUUUGAAUGUUUUAUUAUGGUAUUAAAUGUUUAUAGAAUGGCAAAUUUUAUCAAAAACGCCCAAGUAGUAUGGUGUUUCAAUAAUAUCUAUAUAUAAUCUUUCAAUAAUCACGUACUGUAAUAGUUUCAUAUAUAAAUACUAGUUUGAGUAAACUAAUUCUUCCAACAAAAAAAAUUGUCACGUCACUUUUUAACUACAUGUUACAAAUAUACAUUUAAAAAAAAUUAACAUAUUGGUUGUAUAAACACCAAAAAAAUAUAAUUAAUGUUUUAUUGUGGAAUCGUAUUAAUAAUUUGGCUUCAACCCUGUUUUAUUUCAUUUUAAAAUAAUUAUAAUUAAGGAUCAUUUUUGAGAUAUACAUCCCAAAUAAUUCUUCUACUUACGACUCCGAAACUGAUGAAAACGCUUUAGUCAUAGUCUUCUAGUCUUAUGUAAGUAAAAAUAUUUGCUGACACAAAAAACAAAUGAACCUGUGCUCCUUUGCAGAUUAUACGGGAGUCGUGGUUUUUCAUACAAUAAAAGAAAAUAUAUAUAGUAUCUAUUUCAGAAUACUUAAUUUCGUUCGUAUGUCAAAAAUAAAUAAAUAAAAAUAAAAAGGUACAAAAUUAUGAUAUUAAUUUAAAACAUUUGCAACAUCAUGUGUAACUUAAAACCAUAUGGUAGAGUUAGCUGUAUCCUUUAUUGUAUGGAACUUGACGCACCUGUAUACGACCAAAAUCUACCUUAUUUUUAUAUUUUUAUAAUGAUGUACAUGAGACAUGUGAUUGACUGUAUUAUUUUUAAGGUAAAAGUGUUUUAACCUUUUACAUCACAUAUCUCUCGCAAAUAGCAGAUAUAACAUUAAGAGUGGGUCUUCAUGUAACUCGUGACCAUACACGAAAUAUUCGUGUAACUAACACACAUUUCUUUAUUAUCGUUACUUGUGUAUUUUGAUUUAUUUUUGUAACAAUUAUGUUCAGCAGGAAGGAACCUUCUGUGAAUCAUCCAUUUCUGAACAGAAAAAUCACUUGAUUUAGCCUGUCUGUAUUUAUUUUAAAAUUCCAUGUUUACGACAUUUUACUCUUCAUUGUUCUUUGUGGUGUAUUGUAUGGUGAAGUCCGCAGUCCUGUAGCACAGAUAUAAAAUAUAAGCUGUGAUAUAGUGCUUUGUAAAUAUUAGUUCCAUUUUUGUAAUCACUUAAGACCUAGAUCUAGAGUAUAAUUUGAGCUUCUUUAUGCCCAAGAUGCGCCCGUUUAGAUUACUUGGGUUUGUUUGUUAUUAUUCUUAUAUUGUUUAGAAAUAUGUUUCAUUUACAUGUUUAAGCUAAUAUACUAAAUUUUAUAACAUCUCUUAGUAGCUAAUUUGAUAGUAGAGCAAAAGUGAGUCGUCCAGUUUCUAGUGAUAAGCAUGGAUUCUAUGCAGCUCUAUCAAUGAUCAUGAGAUACAGAUAUUUUAUUGAAAAAUAUUUUUAAAGGAUAGAUUUUGAUGUAUAUCAGACUGAGUAUAAGAUACUAUUAAUUUUGUUUAGUUAAAUAAAAGAUUAUUC